AGAGAAGCCGACAGCCCCGCAUGAAAAAUCAAGCAGCUAGUUAGCUAGCUCCCUGUCUAACAGCAGCAGACAGUUGGCCCGCAGCCGGCUGAUCGUCUCCUAAACUUUUGGGAAGCAACUUUUAGAGUAACACGAAUUGUUGAUCGCAGUUGGACAGACCUACUUUCCCCCUUAAGUCAUGGCGUGUGGAGCCACCCUGAAGAGGACCAUGGAUUUCGAUCCCCUGAUGAGCCCUACGUCCCCUAAAAGACGAAGAUGUAUCCCCGUGGCCCCAUCGUCCUCAUCCUCAUCCCCUAGGAAGUACCUUAGCAUGGAGCCCUCGCCAUUCGGGGAAUCGUCGUCAAGGCUUAGUGCAGAACAAAUCCUCAACAGCAUCAAGCAGGAGUACAAACGCAUCCAAAAGAGGAAGCAUCUAGAUGGAGGCUACCAACAGUCAGAGUGCUGCUAUUCUCCAGAGUCCCCAUCCCAGUCGUCUACUAUGAAUGUUUCCAGCAUGCCAGGAACGUCCUCUGGAGGCAUUUCACCCACUAGAAAAGAACAGCCAUUAUUCACCCUCAGACAAGUUGGAAUGAUCUGUGAACGUCUGCUCAAAGAAAAGGAAGAGAAGGUGCGAGAGGAGUACGAGGAGACCAUGACUUCAAAACUGGCAGAACAAUAUGACACCUUUGUGAAGUUCACACAUGAUCAGCUAAUGCGACGAUUCGGGGAGCAACCUGCAAGCUAUGUUUCCUGAGUGUGGCCCAGAAAUCUUUGCAAGACAGCCUUCUCUUGCUGCAAGCUAUCACGUGAUAUCUCAAGAAAGAACAAGAAAAAAAAGCUCAUCAUUGUAAGAGAUUCAGUUUAGCUAGUUUAAAUGAAACUUUUCUUACUGUGCCAUAUUUCUGUCUUUGGGCAAAGGUUUAUAUGGAGCUGUUGUCAGUUGUUACCACUCUGUUAGCAACUAGGUGCUUCCUUAUGUAAAUUAAAAAGGACCCUAUCUCUACCAGUGGCCUAUGUUCUUCCUGCUGUACGUGUAUCUACAGUUAUCUCACUUUUGUAACGAUUCCCAGCAUUCCAGGCUUUGUCGCUUGUUCUUCUGUUUGUUACAUGUAAAUAUGAUAAAGCAGUGCAAGAGUUUUACUUAAGGUUUGCUGGUCAAUCUGAGAGGAAGGGGAGGAAACGCAGCAGAACAGAGAGAAUAUGUUUGCAGAUUGUCCUCUGUUCAUUAAUUUUUAAUUUGAGCAUUAAGUGGGCUAAUUUGAUUUUUUUUUUUUCUCCCUACCAGUGUUUUAUUUAUUUUGACUUGUUUUUUGCUGGUAUCACUUUGAAACCAAUGUACUCAAUGGAAAAAACAAUAAAAAUCUUUUAAAGAC